AUGAAGUUUACCCUCUUCAUCCUCGCGACGCUCCUGAGCGUCACCUUCCUCGGGACGUCAGCCAAAUACGUCAAAUUCAUCAACCACUGCCCGUACAACAUCUACUUCUGGGCCGUCGGCCCCCCAGCCUCGCACAUCGAUGGCGGCGACUCCUUCCGCAGCAUGGUACCCGGCAACGGCGGCUCCGUCAUUCACCCCAUGGUCGACACGGAGAGAUUCGGCGGCGGUCUCUCGUUGAAGAUCAGGGAUCUGGAUUACUACACCCCUGGGCCUGCAGGUAUCAUUCAGGUCGAGUAUAAUCUUGAGGAAUCCAAGGGGAAGAUGUGGUAUGACCUGAGUGCUGUGGAUUGUGACUUGAACGCUGGGCCGGCAAACCCGAGGUAUUGUCCACUCAUUCGAGGUGGCGUGAAACUCUACAUCAACCCAGUACCCAACAAGAAAACCUGCCCCACUGCGUACUGCAAUGAGGAGAAGUGUGUGAACACUUAUCUUAGCCCAGGCGGGUUCGCGAAUGAGCCAAGCCUCAUGUGCUGGGCUGGUGCUGAUAUCUUUGUCGAGACUUGUACCGAUGGCCCAGGAGUCCAGACAUUCUUCGGCAAGAAGCCACAGACUGGUGAUACCGUUCACCAAGCCAUUCCUGAACGGGUUGUCCAGCCUCCUGUCACCGCUCCCAAUGGCAUGAUCGUCUCUCCAAAUGGUCAAUGCGGCGGCACAACUGGCUUCACCUGCAACGGCUCUCCGAAAGGCCCCUGCUGCAGCCCCUACGGCUACUGCGGCGACACAGCCGCUCACUGCAACCCCGGAUGUCUCCCUUCCUUCGGCUACUGCCAUGACAUAUGGCAGAUUCCUCCGAUCGGCCGCCGUGCUGCGGCCCCUGAGCCUUUCACCUAUGGUCCGGCUUAUGAGUCGUCUAUCGUCACCUCCCAGCCUUUCACCGUCGCCCCCGAGCCUUCCAUUGUUACCAAGGUUGCAAACGUCUUCACUUCGACUACCACUGCAACCGAGACCGAAGUCGAUUGUGACACGAUCAAGCAUACCGUCACGAAGGUUGUGAAGGCCACGAGGAAGCCCGGUUCGCAGUUUACGCCUCCGCCGCUGAGGAGAAGGUUUGCGGCCAUGUAG